UCCUCUCAACUGUAACGGCUCUUCUACAGGGGCAAGCUCCACGCCAGUUCACAGCUCCCAAAAAUGGCUCAUUUCCUCUCCCUCUCUCCCUCAUCUCUCCCUCCUCUUCCCCAUCUUAAACUCGCUCCGAAGCUCCUACACCCACUCCCAAUCCCUCCUCUCUCCAAAGCCCUAAACUCUAACCCUAACCCUAAUCGCCCUGGCCGAUCGAUCUCCGCCUCGGCGUCCCCUGAAGGAAUCGGAGCCCUCGAGAAGGAACCGGCCCCACUGACUCCUCCGUCCCCCUCCCCCUCCCCCGAAGAACUGGGCGUGGCGGAGAGCGUUGCGAUGCUGAAGGCGGCGGCGAAGACGCGGCGUGUCCCCGCGGCGCAGGUGCUCGCCGCGCUGGCCGAGAUCAAGAAGGCGAAGGCGGACCCGUCGGGGUUCUUCGAAACCCUGGGCGGCUCGGAGUCGCCGGGGAGGACGUGGAUGCUUAUCUUCACCGCACAGGGUGGAUUGGAGAAGGGGAGGUAUUUCCCAGUAACUGCUGUUCAGAGAUUUGAUGCUGCAUACUAUUUUCUUGGAUUACAGGCAAAGCGUAUCGAGAACGGUAUCUACCUAGGCCCAAUUGGAUACUUAACCUUUGAGGGAAACCUUUCUUGGAAGAACAGAAUACUUGCGUUCAUUUUCAAGUACAUCAACGUUAAGAUUGGCCCCUUCAACUCGAUCCAAAUCAGACUGAACAAAGAGGAGAGAGAACCAACCACCAAAGAUCCCUUUUUUGUUUGGUUUUAUGUAGAUGAGGAGAUUGCUGUUGCUCAAGGUCGGGGUGGGGGCAUUGCGUUCUGGUGCAGAUGUCGUCGCAUUACUUAAUUCGCCAUUAUUGAAAAAUUCAAUUAACAUUAGUAUGGGAUAAUUUAAUUUUUGUUGGCUUCAUAUGAAAAAGAAUGGCAACCGGGGGUUAUUCUUUGUUGAUGUAUAUUACAAUGUGCUCUGCUUGAAUUAGUAAAGGUAAAAUUUCAUAGGA